AUGCCAGGCAUGUACUUUUUGCUGGCCGUGGUGGCCCUGCUAACAGGCUGCAUACGCCUAGUAUCCAUAGGCCGGAGGCCAAAGGGCUAUCCGCCGGGCCCUCCUACGUUGCCAGUGUUGGGCAAUCUUCACCAGAUGCCGACCCGAGAUGCUCACUUACAAUUUGAAAAAUGGGCGCGCGAAUACGGUCCAGUAUACAGCUUGAUGCUCGGCACCCAGGUGCUAAUCGUGUUGUCAAGUGACGAAGCUGUGAAAGAGCUUCUUGACAGACGAAGUGGCAUAUACUCGGACAGACUGGACAUGUAUAUCGGUCAGACCUUGUGCAGCGGAGGCUUGAGGAUGCUUAUGAUGGGAUAUGGACCAGUAUGGAGAGGUUUCCGUAAAAUGAUCCAUGGCCUUCUCAACGUCAACAUAUCCAAAUCUUAUAUUCCAUACCAGAUGCUCGAGAACAAACAGAUGCUGUACCAACUCCUUGAGCAGCCCAACGAUUUUCUCAAGCACAUUAGGAGGUACUCGAAUGCUUUGACGACCACCAUGGUGUUUGGGUGGAGGACGCCCACGUACGAAGACGCCAACAUGAAGCAGCUCUUUGAGGGAUUUUCCGAGUUUGCCGAGAUCAACCAGACUGGUGCUGCUGGGUUGGUCGAUUUCUACCCCGACCUUCGGAACUUGCCCGACUUCCUGCUGCCGACGCAGAAGAAAGCCAAGACCCUUCACAAACAUGAGAAGGCUCUAUACUUGAAACACUGGCUGAAUGCGAAGGCUGAUAUCGAGAAUGGGGAUAUCAAGCCAUGCUUCUGCGUGGGUAUGGCAGAUGCUCAAAAGGCCGAGGGCUUCAGUGACGACCAAGCAGCGUACAUAUGUGGGACACUUCUUGAAGCAGGUUCGGACACGACCUCAAGCACAUUGUACGGCUUCAUUCAAGCCAUGGUCCUAUGUCCGGAAGUACAGAAGAAGGCGCAGGAGGAGAUUGACAAGGCCGUCGGCAACCGCUUGCCUACGAUGGACGACGAAUCGAUCCUCCCGUUUGUCCGUGCCUGUAUGAAGGAGACACUUCGUUGGAUGCCGACCACGAUCUUGGGAGCUGUGCCACAUGCAGUGACCAAGGAUGAUGAGUACAUGGGCUACCUCAUUCCUAAGGGUGCUGGAGUCAUGAACAAUGUCUGGGCGAUUCAUAUGGAUCCCAAUCGCCAUCCCAACCCGCGGGAGUUCGUUCCCGAGCGAUACAUUGACGAUACACAGAGUCUCUACGACUCGGCUGCUAACGCCGAUGCCAGCAAGCGAGAUGUCUUCACAUUUGGAGCCGGGCGGCGAAUCUGUCAAGGCAUGCAUGUGGCCGAGCGCAGCUUGUUCCUCGGUAUAUCGCGGAUCUUGUGGGCAUUCAACAUCGAGCCCGCCGUGGACGCCGAAGGGAACAAGGUCCUGCCGGACCCGGAAAAGUUGACACAGGGGUUCGUGUGCAUGCCAGAAGAGUUCCAGGCAAAAAUCACUCCGAGAUCCCCAGAACGGGCGACAAUCGUCAGGGAAGAGUGGCACAAAGCCGAGAAUGAGUGCCUGGAUCCACAGACCAAGCAGUGGGUGAGCCAGGCGCGCCCUUAG